AUGGACCCAGAGACACUCCCCCCGAACGCUAUAAUCCUUCCUAUUCUCGCCUUCCCUGCCUGGAUUCUUUGCAUCCCGCCAUUAGUAUGGCAUUUCUCGCAACGGAAUAUUGCCGCCUGGUCACUCAUAGCUUGGUCGAUACUCGGCAAUUUCUUCAAUUCCAUCAAUCCACUCAUCUGGCCUCGAGAGAAUAUCCUGGAAUGGUACGGUGGAGCCGGCCUCUGCGACAUCGAAGCUCGCGUGUUGGUCGGUUACAGCGUUGCUUUGGCUGCUUGCGUUACCAUGAUCAUUCGGAAGCUAGCCAAUGUCAUGGACACCCGAAACAUUGUCGUGGCCCCCAGUCACGGCAGUAGGAUACGAGAGAAGGUGUUUGAGGGCCUCGUCUGCUGGGGAUACCCUGCAUUGUUGAUGCUUGUCUACUUUAUUGUUCAGCCUAUACGAUAUAUCAUCUAUCAGAUAGGUGGUUGUGGUCCAGCAUAUGAUGCUAGCUGGGUCAGUAUCGUAUUGAGCUUGAUGUGGCCACUGAUUACCAUCGGCUUUGCCUCCUAUUUUGCUGGACUUCUCAUCUAUCGUCUCUUCCGCUAUCGUAGAGAAUUUCAUCGCCUCUUGAGUGCACGCAAUACCACUCAGUCUCGGUUUAUUCGUCUCUUCUUGAUGUCCGUCCUCGUCAUCAUAGCUUACCUUCCAUACAACUUCUAUAUGCUCUGGUGGCAUAGUUCUCAAGUUGUUGAAGUGUAUAGCUGGAGCCGCGUACAUAACGCGAAGACUUGGAACACUGUCAUAAAAGUCCCGAUGGGUGGUGCUGUCCGCUUCGACAAGUGGGGUCAAGUCGCCACAGGAUACGUUGCCUUCAUCGUUUUCGGAACAGGCGCCGAUGCCUAUAACACCUACAAACGAAUGCUCUGUGCCAUUGGCUUGGGUCGGGUCUUUCCAGGUCUUCUUGUCGUCUCAGAAAGCGGAUCUUCAACACCGACCAGCGCUCGCUUUACUCGAAGUUGGGCAUCAACUUACGCCGAUAAGGCAAAAACAUUCUUCUCAAAGAGUUCUUCCGUCACUGAGAUGAGUCUGCCAGGAACAACGGGGACUGGUUCGACAGUUGAACCCACUUCACCCACCACAACCGGCUCUGCAUCGAUCUGGUGCCAUGCAGUCUCUACCAAUGAACCAAUCAUUGAACAGUCUACAACAAAUUCUUCGUCAGCCCCUACUCAAAACACUCGAUCCUUCUUUGCUCGAUUGUUGCCUCGCCGAAACUGUCCGAAUCGGUCACUACCAGUCGCUGCUCCACGGUCCUCCUGUGAGGCAGUUGAGCCUGAGAAACAACACACCGAACCUCACGCGAUAGGUGUGUACUCACAUGCCUGGGCAGCAGAAAGACCCACAGCCGCACGAAAUGCUGAAGUCGACGGUGUCCACGUUGUGCACGAGGUCUGGCAAGAAAAUGGCCAGAGACGUGAUGUUGAGAGUAAAAACAACUCCUUCGACACGGUUUGAUGCUGCUAGUUGACUUCGAUCUCGCCCCACCACACUCUUUUAUUUCAACACUAUAUCGACCUUCAUUAUGCGCCCUUGAUCUAUCAUAUCUACAUCCGCAUCUUAGCGACCAAAUUGCAUUCCAUUCCCUACGCGUAUUGAGUUCAAACAUGCUAAGGCAAUUGUUUGAUACUCUGCAUUCUUUCUAAUAAGGAGUUGGUUCCCAAGGUCAUCAUUAAUAUUCGUUUCGGCAGUCACUACAGAGAAAACCCAGUACACCCUAUCUGGAGUGCAUAUAGCAAUAGUUACAUCAUAUAGUG